ACUAUUUGUCCUUGCGGCACAGCCUUACGCGCCCUAUCAUAAAAUCCCAACAUCAUCGCACAUCCACCGUGUGCGUAAGCUGCGCUGAACUUGGGUGUGGAGAAUGUGUCUGUCACGUCUCGCGAGAGCGGGGAUUCGAUCCACCAGUCGGCAGGCUCGAAGUUCACUGGGGCUUCCUUGGCCCUGGCUUUCGAACAGUCUGUGAAAGAGCCAGUGUUCAUGUCUGAGUGGGAGUUUUCCAUGGGCAAGGUUGGUUGUAGCUUGGAGGGACGUUGAUCGGCGAUGUUGGGAGAGUGCAUAGGUGGUUGUAGGCAUUCGACGAAGGAAAGUGUAAUGGACGGCCACUGUGGAGACUUCGGGACGAAUGUAGUGUAUAGAGCGGUAGUGUCUUGUCAAUGGCGUGGCUGUUUCUACUACAGUCUCUGGCCUUGUAGGGACGUAUCUUUGACUCCCAUAAGUUGUGUGUCCGGCACGACUCAACACGUCGUGCUACACAGCCGAUACUCAACAAGACAUGCUUCGAAUUCCGUCUACCAUGCACCCGCCUCCCCAACGCCACAGCUCCACGACCGACUUCCAAGCGACCGCUCCGCAGAACGACAAGAACGAGUGCCCACCCACCCAACAAAACUGCCCUCGUUUUCGACCACCCUCCGUCAAUACUUAAGUGUUUUACUCAUCGUAGUCUACACCUUCACUCGCCCAUGGCGAAGACUUCGACCUCGGCUCCUUCCUCUUCCUCCUCCUCUCGGCCAUUUUAAGCCCAUGCGCUUGGCGCGUAAGAGCCGUCUCGUUGUAGAAGCCCGGGGCGUGGCGCGUGUUUCCGCGCGUCUUGUGAGGUUUGGAGGCUUGCUUCUUUUCACUGGGUUUCUUCGCACUAGAAUUCUUCGAACUGGGCAGCUCUGCCUCCGAUCCGGCUUUGCGCUUCAUCGUGUCGUUGCAGAUUGAAGACAUUUAAUGGACGCUGAGGGUUUAGUGGGGAGGUGUCUGUAGCUGUGGUGUGAGUUCGAGCUGUGUUGGUGGCGAGAUAUAUAACGAUAGCGACGGAUAGAGAGACAAAGAAAGACAUCGGAAUGAAUGAGUACGAUGGAAUCGUGUGGGAAGAGGUUCGUCAAGGGUAGACAAUGGACUCUGUUCGAUGUGAAGGCGUUCGAAGCUUGCAGAAGUCGUCAUCCGUUGACUUUGUUCAGUCUGGAUUUGUUGAAAGCCUGGUUUAAAGUGCUGAAACGUUUGUAUA